AUGCUAGAAGGGAUCGCACGGAUACCACCAUCGCCGCCAUGUAAGAGACGGAACGUCGGCUAUAUGUUCAGCAACGAGGCGCGCGAAGCAGCCGACAAACUGCCCGUGAAUCAGAUGAGGUCGACCUUUGUACACUCGCUAGUAAUGGCUUAUGGGCUUCCGAAGGCUAUGAAAAUAAUACGCCCGCACCAGGCGACGAGGGAAGAGCUUUGUACAGCCCAUAGUGAAGAAUUAGUUGGUGAGCUUCUGGCUAGCAGCGAUCUUGAUAUCGGGUGUCUGACCCUCAUCAGUGAUUGCCCGGUCUUUCCUGGGCUAUCUUCGUAUGUGCAGUUGGUGGCGGGAGGGACGUUAGCAGCAGCUCGGGCUAUCGUGGAGGGUCAAGUGGAUAUCGCCAUACACUGGGAUGGUGGGAGGUGCGUUUCCGUGAUAACACGAGCAUCAGGCUUCUGCUAUGUAAACGACAUCGUCCUCAGCAUACUUGAACUCCAAAAAAAAUAUCGCCGCAUCCUCUAUCUCGACAUCGACAUCCACCACGGCGACGGCGUCGAAGCCGCAUUCCUCUUCAGCCCACGAGUAUUCACAUGCUCGUUCCACAAGUACGAUCAGGGCUUCUACCCAGGCACAGGGUCCCCAAUGGUGCGCGGAUCGGGAAAGGGGCUGCAUCAUACUUUGAAUGUCCCGUUGAAAUCGGGAUUGCGAGGUCCGCUGUUUUUGCAGGUAUUCCAGCGGAUAGUGGAUGGGAUUAUGGACGCGUACACCCCGGACUGUAUUGUGUUGCAAUGUGGAGCUGACGGCGCGCAUUUGAACUUGAACGCGGCGGAGGAAGCGGGACAUGGACAGCGGAAUGAUCGUGGGAUGGGGUGGAAUUUGGAUCCGGGGACUUUUGGGGAUGCCGUGGCCUACCUACGCGAUCUCCCUUCCCGCGAUGGAACGUCCUCAAGCCCACAACCGGCCAUACCGCUCUUGAUCCUCGGAGGCGGUGGGUACGUCAACACCAUCACCGCGCGGUGUUGGGCCAAAGCGACUGCGGCUGCCAUUGGCGACGUGAAUCUGGUGAAUGAUGUGAUUCCUGAGCAUGCUUUGUGGCCGGAGUAUGGACGUGAUCCGGAGCUUGGGUGUCGUUUGGAUGAGAAUGAGGUUGAUGGGUCCAUUGGAGGGGUUUUGGAAGGUGCGCUGGCAAGCUUGGAGAGGCUGCGGGAGGCGAAAUCGGGAUUGCGGCGUUAG